AUGGCUCACGGAGACACGUACUGUCCGGGUGAUUUGGACGCAUUGCACCAAGACCGGAACAGAUCAGAGACGACUAUUUGUCUGCCCUCGCCAUCGCCUAUCAAGCGAGUCUCGACCUACUAUCCCAAGGCGGGGACAAAGGUCCUCGAGGAAUCCAACCUCGAUCCAUUCUACCUCGAGCAGUCGCUGGCUGCCACACCCACCUGGGGCUCAUACCACCCGGAAAUCCGACAUGAGAACUUCAGUCACGACAAUACCCAGUAUUAUACAUUGUCCUUGACCACCGGGAACGAUCUGUCGUACCCUGACGAGCUUUCAUUGCCUUACUCCGGCCCAGACCGAUCUACACUUGGAAAGCUCGAGCUGGAAAACAGCAGGAGAUUCCAUCGCUAUACUUCCUCCACCGAAGACCAAAAACCUCUGCACAGCAGUCAGAACUCUUUCAGCUCGGUGGAAACAGACAGCACCACCCCCGAUUUGACGCCGAGCAGCUCCUUUUCCUCGGUCUACUCCUCUCCUGCCUGCCCUGACGCUGUCCUCAAGGCGACACAGCAACUAUACAAACACGCGCUGGAAGCACACGGUCAACCUCGCCGUCGCUUCUACCUGCCUCCCUCCACACCUCCCAAAAACUGUCUUCCCCCGCUACCACCGCUGCCGGCGGGUCUCUCGACCCCGGGAGACACGCGACCUACUACUCCUGUCGCGGAGCCGUCCAACGACUCUACUACUACCAUCACCAUGCGCUACACAGAGACUGCAAGCUCGUGUUCCUCGCGCCGGCGCAAGGCCCACCCUACCCUCAACCUGUCGCAAGGAACAAGUAGCCACAGCUCGCGUCGGAAACAAUCCAGCCCCGGCACGCGCCCCCCUCUUGACCCAUCUAUGAUCUCUCCACCGAGUCUGUUCAACCCUGUCACGAUGGAGCCGCAUGCGACGCACUUUGACCAGGCCCUCUUCAUCCCUGCCAAUGACUCUGCAAGCCCUGCCCCUAGCCCUAUUGCUAGUUCUCCACCUAUUUCGCGUCAAUGGACUGCCACAUCCGUGGAGCGGCCCUCGACGUCAACCACGGAAGCAUAUUGCGAACAGUCCGUGUGGGAGUCAGACUCGGACACCGAGUCGAUUGGUCACAAAUCCCUCUCGCGCAGACCCAUCGACACCCUGCGCAAGGUGCGAAGUCGCGCAAAGCUUCGCCCGGCCAAGUCGCAGCCCAAACUCCACCAGGCCAUGAUUGAUGACCAGCCGACGGAGAAGUUCCCCUGUAUGCCAGACGAUGCCGUCGGUGAGCCUGUUCUUGACCCCUUCCGGGCCACCAGCCUCGACCGUCCUAUCACAACCCGUGACGGUACGCGGCCUAUAGGGCUGCAGACACUACGCCUCGUUGCUCCCUCUACCACCUCAUUGAUCCGUCCUCGCUCUCGCAAUGACAGCUCUCGCAAUGACAGCAGUCUCCGUGAGCAAGCCCUCGAUAGCUCUACCGCUGCUGCCGCACAGGCCAAAUCUCGACGUCGCCAGCGCUCUGAUUCUCCAGAAUACUCUAACAACCCUCUCCACCCCCCCCACAAGGAAAAGCUCACCUCACUCUGCCACGAGCAACAUUCCGACGCUACCAUCGUCGAAGCAGAGUCCGAGUCCAGGCCCUUCUUCCGCCGCGUCAUGGACUCUCUCCGGUCCUUGAACUGUUCCAAACGACCCAAGGCCACCUCCAAUCCCAUUUAA